UGGUGAAGCUCAAUCAAGAGCAUCAAAAUUUAGUAAAGAAUUAUCAUCAUCUAUACCUACACAUUCCACACCCUCUACUUCUAAAAAACAUAAAAUUCAUGGUGUUAGUUGUGACUGGUUAUUUAGUUUUCAUGCACUUGGUACUGAUUUGAAAUGGGGUUGUGAGUUUUCUGCUGCUGCAAAUGUAGGGGCAAAAACAGAUAAUCCAAAAAUGGGUGGUGAUGGAGUAUGGUUACAAGUCCUUCUUCAUGACAUACACCUGUCAUUAUCAAGAAACAUCUUAAAUGUCAGAAAAAAUCAACACAAUGCUGCUGUACAGCUAUUAAAUAAAAUUCCAUGUCUUGGUAUUAUUUCAACAAAGUUUAGUUAUAGAAUUUUAUGUAAUCUCAUCAAAUUGACUGUAGAUAAUUAUAAUGAACUGAUUGAUGCAGAAAGAGCAGGCAGAUUUUUUGACUUUAGAGAUAAUGAAGAGUCUUCAUUUGAAUCACAAUCAGUCAUAUCUUCUUCAAUUUCUUUUUUAGAAUCACCUAUUAAUAGUCAACAAAUCAAAAAACCAAAAUUAUCAAAAAAUCAAAGCUUUGUAUGGAAAUAUUUUAAAAAAAUUGAGAAUGAAAAAGCACAAUGUAUAAUUCCUAUAAUAAAAAAUGGAAAAGAAGAACCAUGCAAUGCAUCUUAUAAAUUCACAGGUUCUACAUCAAACAUGAAAUACCAUUUGAAUGUAAUGCAUAAUAAGAGAACCUCUCUAUGA